ACUUGUCAAACCACGCCACUUCCUGCUUGUUGACCACGUCAGAGACAAUCUAGGCCGUUCAGUACGCUGAGAGAAAUUCGGGAUAGCGCUGAAGAAUUUUUAGUUUUCAUUUCCAGGAGAUAUACAUGUAGUAUAACGUAGAAAUUCGUAUCUAGGACCAUAGGAAUUUCUAAUUUCCUCUCCGAGUUAUGAUAUUAAUUCUGAUUACCAAGGAGAUGUCAGUCAACUCAGAUCCAUCUAUGCAUAACCUAAUGAGUGCCCAAUUGAUGAGAGGUACUGUACGAGCAACAAGCUUUAAGAAAACUUCUGUUUUCAAAAAUAUAUAAAGCUAGUAAAUAUAAAAAAAUUCUAUCACUACUAGAAAACAAGCUUUACAUUGGUCCACCCCAAAUAUACCGGUAUGAAUUGAAUCCAGUACUAAUAGUAGUAGAAUUGAAUCCAGUACUAAUAGUAGUAGCAUUAGCACGGGAUCUAAUGCUUACCGGUAUAUUUGGAUGUGGACCAAAGGGUCUGGGCACCAAUUGGUACUAAAACCUUUAUAUUAGUAUCCGUUCGUAUUUUCACCGGGUAGUUAAUGCUUCCCCCCACAUUAGUACCAGUUGGUAACAUCAACAAAUUUUAAUACCGGUUGGUAUUUCUACCCGGUAGUAAAAGAUCCUUCAUGAGUUACUUUAAAAGAAAAGUAUCUCUUUUUCAACCACAACUGUUGUGUAGGUGAGAUGGUAAGUAAGGUACACGCGAGGCAAGAGGUCCCGAAUUCAAAUCCCAUCCACAGCUGAAAAAUCAUAUGACUUGUGAAUUGGGACGAGUGUGCGGGCCUCUUUCCAGAUUUAAAAUAUUCUUUUAACCCAAAAUGCUUUAGCAUCGGGUGGAAACAUCACCCAAUACUAAGGGUUCUUUUAGUAUCGGAUCAUGCAACCGGUAUCCGAUACUUGAGACUUUUAAUUCCGGAUGCGUAGUACCGGUUGUAUAAACUGUACUUAUAGCGUUUUUCAACCGGUGCUAUAAGCUUUUCUAGUAGUGUAUUGGUGUUUGAACCUGAGAAAAAAAGCAGAAUAUCUGAUGCAAGCCUAGUGGUGAGCGUCGAGCGAGAUGGAUGACAAGAGGAGACGUGAUGGCGGAGAACUGGAGAUUGGCUGCGAAGCAUAAUAUGUGGUCAAGCUAGGUGUCCAAGUUUGAGGAGAGGAUUAAUAGGGCCUUCGAUCGUUGGGUGUGAAAAAUAAUUUCUUUUCCAAAUAUGUAGGAGAGAUGCUUAUCGUUGUGUUAAGUAGAAAGUGAGAAAAAAAUCAAUUACAAGCCCAACGCUGAGCGAGGACGCACACCACUCAGUCCAGCCUCAACGGCAAAGCGAAGAAAGGAUUCCAGCCUAGCGAUGCAAAGCUACUCGCAUUUCGGAUAACUCGGGGGCGAAGCCAGCCGGGAACGGCGCCGGGGUCAGCUCCAUCGAACGAUGGUGUCAAGAUAUAGAUGAACGGUAAAUAGCUAAGGAAUUGUAGAAUUUCAGCUGACCACCCAUGAAAGCCUCUAGAUGCGCCCCUGAGACAACCUAGUCUUGUGGAGUAUAAGAUCUACCACCAUGGAAUUGGAGGUGACCACAUCAUAGCUGAUGUUGCUGCAGUAGAAGGUCGCAAUCUUCCCCGGGAUUCCUGAGCUAAUUCUUUUUGUUGGAACUUUUGGCAUAAAGGUUUAGCUCUGAAAUUUUUGCAAAAAAUAGAAAAGAUAAGCUUGGAAAUGGACCUCUCUGGGCCAAUCUCUGUGAGCUUUCUUGCUUGCGAGAAGAGGCUGGGAGUGGGCCAUUGGGAGUGCUAGUAGUAAAGGAAAGAGAGGAGCCAAUGGCCCUCUGAGCCCAAUAAGGGUGAGCAUGCGGCCCAUGAGCGGCCCACUGCGUCUUUUUCACUCGCUUCGUCGAGUCGACGCUUCUGGCUGCUUCCGAGACCGCGACAGAAAACGCCGCCGGGCUGGGAAUUGGGAUAAGGGUACUGGGGAGUGUGCUGCCGUCGCGAGAGGAGAUGGCGCCGCCGACGACCCAAGAAGCCGCCGCUUCCGGCGACCAGGACGGCCCCUGCAAGCCGCUGCGCUCCGCCGCGUUCCCACCGCCGACGCCUACGUCCGGUGCGGCGGCUGGGUGGCCCACGGCGAGUACCCGCUCGCCACCAAGGUGAGCGGCAAGCGCGUAGGGAUCGUGGGUCUCGGCCGCAUCGGCUCGCUGGUGGCGCGUCGCCUCGCGGCCUUCGGGUGCCCCGUCGCCUACCACAGCCGGUCGCCCAAGCCGUCGUCGCCCUACAGGUUCUUCCCCACGGUGCGCGCCCUGGCCGCGGACAGCGACGUGCUGGUGCUGUCGUGCGCGCUGACGGAGGAGACGCGGCGCGUGGUGGACCGCGAGGUGAUGGAGGCGCUGGGCAAGGGCGGCGUGCUCGUCAACAUCGGGCGCGGCGGGCUGGUGGACGAGCCGGAGCUGGUGCGGUGUCUGCGGGAGGGCGUCAUCGGCGGCGCUGGGCUGGACGUGUUCGAGAACGAGCCGGACGUGCCAGCGGAGCUGUUCGCCAUGGACAACGUGGUGCUGUCGAACCACCGGGCCGUGCUCACGCCGGAGUCCAUCCGCGGGGUCCUGGACAUCGUCUCCGGAAACCUCGAGGCAUUCUUCGCCGGGAGGCCACUGCUCAGCGCCGUGACGCUCUGAGCUCGAUCUGAAUCCACACAUGGCGACACCUGAUGGUCAUGUUCACCGAAUGGAACCGAAACGGGAAGGACCAACCGAUGACAGGUCCAAAGCGAUCUGAUGUUGGUGGGAAAUUCCAGUUCUAUCUCCCGGAUUUUCCUGAGACUCACCUGUUUCUUGUGCUCCUCCGACAGACAGGACAUAGAUCCACCACAGAUUGAGCUUGCCACACUGCUUGAGACAUACAACAACCAAUAAUGAAAGAGAGAAUAAUAAUAUCCAUUACAAAACA